AUGCCCUGGGUCGCCCUUCCUCGAAUCGCAUUUGCUGUCGCCACAUAUCCCUUUACCGCAUCGUCGCCGGCAGAUUUGCCGUUGGAACUCGGCGACGAGCUCUAUAUCAUCGAACAGGGUGGACAGAAUGGGGACUGGUUCCGCGGGUAUCUGGUCGCGCCUCCGAGCUUGCUAGCAGGCUUGACGAGCACCAAAGGCCAGACGCUUGAGGCGCGGGUCUUUUCUGGUAUCUUCCCUCGGAGUUGUGUGGAGGUGCGAGAAGUCCUCGGGGAAGAUGAUGAGGGGUCGGAUGAGGAGGGAGCAUAUGGGGAUACGAAGCCGCCAUUGACCAAUGGUUUUGGGCUCAGAAAUGGAAGCUUACCAGGCAGCGUGGACUCGAGUCCACUGGCAAGUCCAAAUUCGGUACAACGGCUGAAGAGCAAGUCAGGAAGUCUGCAGAAAGCCAAUGCGAGGUUGACCAAAGGCGACAAAGCAAGCAGGAAAAAAAGGAGUCCUAGCGGUAUAUCUUCUGCCAUGUCCUUGAUACCAAGAAGAGACCCGGAUGCUCCCAAACCACCUGCUCCUGUGCCAAUGUUGAAGAUUGGAGACGAAACGCCUACGUCGGCUUCCGAACCACUGGUGGACGAAAUCGCAUCUUGUUUGCGAGAAUGGCAGUCUACAAAUCUCCACGAGCUUUUGCUUUCGAGGCAGUACCCGCUGCUGGAAAAAAUGUCGAAUUUGAUCCAGUCAUUGGAUAUGUCGAGGAGGCAGUUGCUUCACAACGUUUUGACGGCACACGAGCUUCGCAUUCUGCGCGAGAAAACCGUAUGGGAUCUGGUAAGGGGCAACAAGUUGUUUAAUGGCGAAGUAAUUGUGCGGGAUCCUGCUGCGCGUGGGAGAAUAUUGACUGGGGACGACUCAGCUGUCGAAAUCACAACCCUACAGUCAAUGAUGACUUUGCUAGACGAACGACCCCAACCCGUUACAAGCGAUAGACAGACUCUUCACCAUCUGCUCAUAGAUGUGAAAGCCUUUGUCGGAGGCUCGACUGAGUCUACGGUGCUUGACUUUUUCUUGGCCUCGAAAUCCCACGGACAGUCUGCGGUUGUGCUGUCGGAAAGCUAUAUUGUGGACUUCCCCCCUAGUGGCGCGCUGACAAGCCUGCCAAAAACAAAUCAAAUGCGCACUCUUUUCGCGGAACUCGCACCCUCAGACAUUGGAGACCAGCAGUCCGUGGAAACCGAAUUAUUUCUUGUUGUCAAAGUUCGGUCGACAGAGCAUGUGGUCGUGUCAGGAAAACCAAGAUCUCGAGGUGGUUCCGUGUCAAGGGAUGGAGGAACAGCACAAAGUCGAGACAAACCACCCCUGACGGCUGUCAAAUCGGGGAGGAGAAGUCUUAUGUGGGGUCAAAAGUCGCAGCGGUCCACGUUUUCGAGGAAUGCUCCAAAUUCGUCUAAACUCAACAAUGUUUCCGAGCAGAUGGACGGCGUUCGGGAAGACAGCAUUGAUAACCAUCACCCGCCCAGCACUUCCGGGUCGCGGGGUCCUGCAACAAAAGAACAGAGGUCCGUAUCUAUCAGCAGAAGUGUAGCAAGGACUGUAGGAAUUGGAGCCUUGAAGAUCAAUUCUAUCAUGAAGCAGGAGGAGGAAGUGGAACAGGUGAUGACGGUAUGGGCGCCCGCUGCUGGUUUCAAGGACGACAAACAAGAUGUGCGCGAUGGCUGGGAAGAAGUGAUUCGUGAUCUAGUGCGAAGCAAAUCUGGGGCCUACGAGCGAUCCCGAAGAGCAGAGCGGCUACAAGUGCAGCUUAAAUCUUUCGAAACUGCAGACGUGGAGGGUUUGAUCAAAGCCACACCAACCUUGCUCUCUAAUAUCUCGAUUACAAACAAAAUGGGAUUUUCUGGGGCCCCUACGAAGCCUCGAUCUGACAUUUAUAUCACCCUCGACGACGCCCAUUUACCCCGCCAUGCACUGCUCUCACGGUCAGUGGGUAGCGCCAGCCCUCUUACCAACAAUUUGAAUAGUUCCAAUCUUCAAAUUAAGCUUGAAGUCCGAAAAUUGUCGGGCGAAAGAGUAGAGUCUUGUAUCUUUGCAUCUUCGAAUGCUGAAGCUGAAAGUUCCUGGGAGUCUACAGCUACCGAGCGUGGUGAUGCGUGGAGUCAAACAAUUCGCUUGUCCAUACCACCGGACGCCGUACCGCAAUGUCAUAUUGUGAUGACACUCUGCGAUUCGCCAAACCAACCAUUAGCAAUCUCGUUCUUGCCCUUGUGGGACCAGCAAGCUUUCCUGCGAGACGGACAUCACUCUUUACUGUUGUAUAGAUACGAUGAUACUACUUCAACUCCCCAUGCUAAUUCUGCUGGUAAGGGUGGGUAUCUUAAUCUGACAUGGAAUGCCAGAGGCAAAGACGAUGUCAGCAUGGAUGAAGCUGUUACGGGCCCUGUUGCUCUUCUACGUGUCAAAAGCUAUCUUUGUAGCACGCGAUUCUCCCAAGACAAGGUUCUACUGGGAUUGCUAAAGUGGAAAGAACAGCCGUCUGGGAACCUCCCAGACCUUCUAAAACGGCUCGUCUUUGUGCCCGAGAUUGAGAUUGUUAAACUGUUAAACGAGGUGUUUGACUCCAUCUUCAGCCUACUGGUUGCCCACGCCAAUCAGGACGAUGUAGAGGACCUCAUCUUUAGCGCCUUAGUUACAGUUCUUGGGAUUGUGCAUGAUCGCAGAUUCAAUUUGGGCCCUCUCGUGGAUCACUAUGCCGACAACAUAUUCAACUAUCCCUUCGCGACUGCCCCCCUUGUCAGAUCUUUCACACGACUUCUGGCGAAUCCUUCCGACCCCGAGACAUCACGCAAACUACGAGCUACCUUUAAAGUCGUCCGCCAUAUCUUGAAGUUUAUCAUGCACGCGAGGGACCAACAGAAAGGCAAGGAGGCUAAUCUUGGUAUCCUGAGCACAGAUCCCGAAUUCGCCAAACAUUUGAGGGCAAUAUUCAAGGCUCUGGACGGUCUUAUGCGAAACACAGCGCCUAUCCUUGUUGGAAGUCAGACUUUGGCAGUUCAGCAUUUUCACACUUGGUUGCCAGAACUCGACCGCAUUCUAAGUACAGAAGAGAUUCUACACAUCGCAAUCGAUUUUAUGGAUUCAUGCGCACUGGUGAAAGGAAAACUUGUGUUGUAUAAGCUUGUUGCCAUCAUCAACUACUCGAAGCUAGAGCUUUUCCAGGCACCUGAGCAAAAGGCUGCUUUGAGCGCCAACACAGCCAGAUGGCUCGCCCCCCAUUGGGGCAAAACAAUAGAAGUCACCGACCAGUGGAAGGACCAAGUGAGGUUGUGUUGUUCUAUACUGUCAACGCAAGUUGAUGGGCUUGGAUCAGAGAUUCCGGAAUACAUCCCAAGAUAA